GUUCACAAAGUUGAAGAGCCUUAACCUUUCCAAUAAUCAUUUAGGAGACUUCCCGUUGGCAGUUUGCAGUAUUCCAACCCUGACUGAACUCAAUGUGUCUUGUAAUGCCCUCAGAAGUGUUCCAGCAGCUUUAGGCGAUAUGCACAAUUUGCAGACAUUUUUGCUGGAUGGUAACUUUCUCCAGUCCCUUCCUGCUGAAUUGGAGAGUAUACAUCAGCUCAACUAUCUGAGUCUUUCCUUCAAUGAAUUCACUGACAUUCCAGGGGUACUAGAGAAGCUGACUGCCAUGGAUAAACUUUGUAUGUCUGGAAACUGUAUGGAGACCCUCAACCUACAGACAUUAAGAAGAAUGCCUCAUAUCAAACAUGUGGAUCUGAGAUUGAAUGUAAUUAGGAGGCUGGUGCCGGAUGAAGUAGACUUCCUGCAUCAUGUGACACAAUUAGACCUACGAGACAAUAAACUCUGCGAACUAGAUGCAACAGUUUUUAACAACACUGAAGUGCUGCACUGUGAACGAAACCAGCUGGUGACCCUCAAAAUCAGUGGAUAUUUUCUCAAAGCUCUUUAUGCCUUUUCAAAUGAACUUGUUCAUCUUGAUGUGUAUCCAGUCCCAAAUCAUCUGACAUCUAUGGAUAUUUCUAGAAACCACCUGGAAAGCCUGCCUGAGUGGGUAUGUGACAGCAGAAAACUAGAAGUGUUGGAUGUUGGCCACAAUCAGCUAUGUGAACUGCCUGCCCGGUUGUUUUGCAAUAGCAGUUUGCGUAAGCUGCUGGCAGGACAUAACCAAUUAGGAAGACUACCAGAGAGGUUUGAACGAACGCAACUAGAAGUCCUGGAUGUGCAACACAACCAGCUCCUUGAGCUGCCAUCGAACCUUCUUCUGAAAGCUGACAGCUUGAGAAACUUGAAUGUGUCUGCCAACAAACUAGAAGCACUUCCUCCGGCCACCCUUUCUGAAGAGACCAACAGCAUCUUACAAGAACUUUAUUUGACCAAUAACAACCUCACAGAUAAAUGUGUGGCCUUGUUAACGGGCCACCCACAUCUGAAGAUCCUGCAUAUGGCCUACAAUCGAUUACAGAGCUUUCCUGCGAGUAAAAUGGCCAAGCUUGAGGAAUUGGAAGAAAUUGAUAUUAGUGGGAACAAAUUGAAAGCCAUUCCAACAACCAUUAUGAACUGUAGACGUAUGCAUACUGUGAUUGCUCACUCCAACUGCAUUGAAGUCUUCCCAGAAGUCAUGCAACUUGUUGAAAUAAAGUGUGUGGACCUGAGCUGCAAUGAACUGAGUGAAAUCACGUUACCUGAAAACCUGCCUCCAAAACUACAGGAACUAGACCUGACCGGAAACCCCAGACUAGUCCUGGAUCACAAAACCCUAGAGUUGCUGAAUAACAUUCGUUGUUUCAAGAUUGACCAACCAUCAGCUGGUGAUGCUUCAGGAGCCCCAGCAGUGUGGAGUCAUGGUUAUACUGAAGCUUCGGGAGUUAAGAACAAACUGUGUGUGGCAGCUCUUUCAGCCAAUAAUUUCUGUGACAACAGAGAGGCCCUGUAUGGAGUCUUUGAUGGUGAUCGCAACGUGGAAGUGCCCUACCUUCUGCAGUGUACAAUGAGUGAUAUCUUGGCAGAAGAGCUACAAAAAACAAAGAUUGAAGAGGAAUACAUGAUCAACACUUUCAUCGUUAUGCAGAGGUUAACCCCAGAUCUUUUAAUUUUUGUCAUAUUCCUCCAUAUACUGAUCAGUCAGCGUAUUUGCUUCUAUCCCAGAGCUGUUUUUUCCACUGUUUUCUAAAUGAUUUUGUUUGCUAGCUUGUUACUUCACAUUCUUAAUUGUUUGUUUUUUUUUAAUUGUGACCUGUUGUUGUACACAUGUCCUAAAAUGUUCAUGACCAAGGAAUGAAUAGUUUCUCUUUUCCGAGAUGUGCUUAAUUUCUUUAAAAGUCUCAUUGUUCAGAAUUGCUUAUAUUUAAAAUAGUGAUGUGACUUUUCUUUCCGGAGACUGAUCAUCUUUAAACAUCCCCCCUCCUACAACUUGCAAAGCUCGGCAUGUUUCAGCCUGUCCCUCUGCACCAGUUCAGAUGAUCAUAAACAUCAAAACUGUUGUUGAGGAUAUCCAUUCUAACGGUUUAACUGGAUAUUUUCAACCGUAAAAUUGAAUUCUUUGAGCCAGGCAUAAAGAGAUGGUGCUAGAAGUAUGAUGUAGUAAGUAUUUUUGGUUAUUUGAAAACCAGUGUAUGCUGCUGUUGACAGUAUAAGAGACUGUGCCUUGGAGAAUAGAGUUGAAUGAAGAGGAUCAGACAAAAGGGAAGGAAGAGGUAGGGAAAGCAAAGGAGAGGACAUGCAAAUAGGCUUGACUACACGGCCUCACAGUGUGGACUGCGGAGGUGUGAAUUGCUGUGUAUGGUAAAGGACUGUGUAAAUAUGAACUAGGCCCCUUCUAGUUUGUGCUAGCAAGGUCUACACUGGGCAGUUACAGUGCAACUCUUCCGUGCACGCUAUGACCUCCAUAGCCCGCACUGCAGGGCUAUGGAUUCCUAUGCAUUAGGGCUUC